GACUUGAAAUUCUCUCGCUUGGCUUUGUCUUUUAUCAUUUUGUUGUUUAAUUUCUACUGAUUUAAUUGAUUAUUUUUCUUUUUGUGUCUUAAUUCAUUUGGAUCUAUCGUCUAUUAUGACCACAUCAUAAUUGUUGUUUGUCACUCUGUUGUUUCCAGUGAAUAAUCAAUAGUAAUCAUGGCCGAUGAGGCAGCUCGUAUUCAACAAUAUGGGUACAAAACGAAUUCUAAUUUGGUUCUUCAAGCUGAUACAAGGCUUAGUGAGAAAAGACCUAGAGAUGAGGCUACUGGUGUAGUUAGCUCUCUUUCUGGUAAACUUGGAGGAUCAAGAAUGGGAGAUAAAAAUCAAAGGUCUAAACCCUCUGUUAGUAAGGAAGAAGAGGAUAGAAAACGGAAGAAAAAGGCUAAAUCUUCGGUGUAUGAUAUGGGCUCAUCUUUUAGCUAUAGUAUUGUCAGUGAUCUUGAAGGAAUGGGAAUGUCAUAUACUCCCAAGACCCCAGAGACAAGGCAAACCUUAGAGGCCUUGUUGAAGUUCAUCCAUGAUAUUUUAGGAGAUCAACCUAGAGAUGUAUUGGGUGGUGCUGCUGAUGAAGUAUUGGCUUCUUUGAAAAGCGAAAAGACGGAGAAACUCAAACAGAAAGAAAUUUGUGAUUUACUUGGUAAGCUUUCUUCAGAGCAGUUUAAUAUUUUAUUUAAUUUAAGCCGUAAAAUAACUGACUUUAAACUUGAUGAAUCAAAUAAUGCAACUGAACAGGAUAUAGACGCUAUUGGUGUCAACGUACAGCUUGAAGAGAACGACGAAGAAGAGGAAGAUAUCGAUGGAGUUAUAGACGACAGUGAAGAUGAUGAUGGCGAUGAAGGUGAAGAGACAGGUGAAGGUGAUACUCUUCAAGCAACCUACCUUAACACUUCUACUGGUAGGAAAAGUUCAGCUCCUGUCGUUAAACCGACUGAAUUUUUACAUCCAAUACAAAUCGAUGCUUAUUGGCUUCAACGAAACCUAAACAAAAGUUAUAAAGAUCCAGUUGAGGCCAAAAAGAAAGCAGCUGAGGUUAUGGAUAUUUUAAAAACAGCUUCAGAUGAUCGAGAUGCUGAAAAUAAAUUAGUUAGGCUUUUAGAUUUUAAUUCGUUUGAUUUCAUCAAACUUCUUCGUCAAAAUCGUCAAAAGAUUCUUUAUUGUACUUUACUUGCUUCUUCUCAAAGUGCUGACGAAAAAGCGAGACUCCGAUUACGAAUGGCCUCAGAUCCCGAAUUGAAGUCUUACCUAUCCAUGUUGGAAAGUACUGGCGAGAAAAUUGAUUCAGGUAAAGUAGAUCAAGGAGAGAAACGAACAACUAGCCGAGAAAAAGUUCCUGACAUCGAAAUAGACAAAGAAACUAAAAACCCACUUUCGAAAGUCAAAAUGCUAAACCUUGAAGAUCUUGCAUUCACCCAAGGAUCUCAUUUUAUGGCUAAUAAACGGUGUCAAUUACCAGAAGGUUCAUUCAGAAAAACAGAAAAAGGUUAUGAAGAGAUUCAUGUUCCAUCUCUCAACCCAAAACCUUUCGGUGAAAAUGAGCAUCUUAUGCAUAUUGAUAAAUUACCUGAUUAUGCCCGACCAGCUUUCAUUAAAUUGAAGCACCUUAAUCGAAUUCAAUCAAGAGUCUACUCCUCUGCCAUGGAACGAGAUGAAAACUUGUUGAUUUGUGCUCCUACUGGAGCUGGUAAAACAAAUGUCGCUCUUUUGUGUAUGUUGAGAGAGAUUGGUAAACAUGUGAAUCCCGAUGGAACUAUUAACGUAGACGAUUUCAAGUGUAUCUAUGUUGCACCGAUGAGAUCAUUGGUACAAGAGAUGGUUCGAAAUUUCAGUGACCGGUUAGAAUCUUAUGGUAUUAAAGUGGCCGAAUUAACUGGAGAUCAUCAACUGAGUCGUGAACAAAUAAACGAGACUCAGAUAAUUGUAUGUACACCAGAAAAAUGGGAUAUUAUCACGAGAAAAGGCGGUGAACGUAGUUUCACACAAAUUGUUCGUCUUAUUAUUUUCGAUGAAGUUCAUUUACUACACGAUGAUCGAGGUCCAAUUAUUGAAACUUUGGUCGCCCGUAUCAGAAUGCCGUUGAGAAAUCAAGAGACCUCUCAGGAUACAAUCAGAAUUGUGGGCCUAAGUGCUACUCUUCCCAAUUAUGAGGAUGUUGCUGAAUUUCUAGGAGUCAAUCGAAAGACAGGACUUCACUAUUUCGACAACAGUUUCCGUCCUGUUCCACUUAAGCAACAGUUUAUUGGUAUCACUGAAAAGAAGGCAAUAAAGAGAUACCAAUUAAUGAACGAAAUCCUUUAUAAAAAGGUGGAAGAACAAGCGGGUAAAAAUCAAGUUCUAAUUUUUGUUCACUCGAGAAAAGAAACUGGUAAAACAGCUCGAUCUUUGAAAGAUAUGUUUUAUGAUAAUGAUAAAUUGCACAUAUUUCUCGAAGAUGGUUCAGCUUCCUUGAAAACCUUAAAAGAAGGAGCCGAUAAAGUUAAAAAUCUUGAACUGAAAGACCUCUUACGUCAUGGUUUCGGCAUCCAUCAUGCUGGUAUGUGUACAAGUGACCGUGUCCUGGUCGAAUAUUUAUUUGGUAAAGGUCAUAUUAAAGUUCUCGUAUCAACAGCAACUCUUGCUUGGGGUGUCAAUCUACCAGCUCACACUGUGAUCAUCAAAGGAACUCAAAUUUACAAUCCUGAUAAAGGAAGAUGGGCUGAACUUGGAGCCCUUGAUGUACUUCAGAUGCUCGGUCGAGCCGGUCGACCUCAAUAUGGUUCCGAAGGAGUAGGUAUUCUGAUCACUCAACACAGUGAACUUCAAUACUAUUUGUCUCUUCUAAAUCAACAACUACCAAUUGAAAGUCAAAUGGUUUCAAAAUUACCUGACCUACUCAACGCCGAGAUCACUUUAGGUAACAUUCGGAGUAUCAAAGAAGCAAAUAAAUGGCUUGGCUACUCUUAUUUGUACAUACGAAUGUUAAAAAAUCCAUCUCUUUAUGGUAUCAGUGGGGAUGAUGUAAGUGAGGACCCAACUCUACAACGACAUUUAUCCAGUCUAGUAUUUACUGCUGGAUCCCUGCUUGAUAAAAGUGGGUUAGUUAAAUUUGAUCGAAAUCGUGGUUACUUCCAAGGAACUGAAUUAGGUCGAAUAGCAAGUCACUUCUACUGUACUCAUCAAACGAUGGCCACUUAUAAUCAACUAUUAAAACCGACGCUCAGUGAGAUUGAGCUCUUUCGUGUCUUCUCAUUGUCUGGCGAAUUUAGAAACAUUACCAUCAGAGAAGAGGAAAAACUCGAAUUGCAGAAAUUAAUUGAAAGAGUUCCAAUUCCAGUCAAAGAAAGUAUCGAAGAGCCAAGUGCUAAAGUGAAUGUCCUUCUUCAGGCUUAUAUUUCACAACUUCGACUUGAAGGACUUGCCCUAAUGGCGGACAUGGUUUAUAUCUCUCAAAGUGCUGCUCGACUAAUGAGAGCCAUUCAUGAGAUUGUCCUUCAUCGUGGUUGGGCUCAACUGGCCGAUAAAACUCUCUCUUUGUGUGAGAUGAUAGACAAACGAAUGUGGCUCUCAAUGUCACCUUUAAGACAGUUCAAGAAGAUUCCUGACGAUGCGAUAAAAAAAUUGGAGAAAAAGAACUUUCCAUGGGAACGUUUCUAUGACCUUGGGCCUAAUGAAAUUGGUGAAUUGUUAAGAAACCCAAAGAACGGGAAGCUUGUCCAUCAUCAUGUUCAUCGUUUCCCUAAACUAGACUUGACUGUUCAUAUUCAACCAAUAACUCGAGCAACUUUAAAAGUAGAGUUAACAAUUACUCCAGAUUUUCAAUGGGAUGUUAAGUAUCAUGGUAAAUCAGAAGGAUUCUGGAUUCUCAUUGAAGAUGUUGACCAAGAGAUAAUCUUACAUCACGAGUUUUUCCUUUUAAAACAAAAGUUUGCCCAAGAUGAUCACAUUGUCAAAUUUUUCGUUCCUCUCACUGAACCAUUACCACCUCAUUAUUUUAUUCGAGUUGUUUCAGAUCGUUGGUUAAACUCCGAAACAGUUUUUCCAAUCUCCUUUAGACAUACACUUCUUCCAGAGAAAUACUUACCACCAACAGCUUUACUUGACCUUCAACCCAAGAAAGUUUCCGAAGCUUUCGACAAAUUUCCUGCAUACAAAUCGUUGUACAAAGAUGAGUACUUCAACCCAAUACAAACUCAAGUUUUCGAUGCUUUGUACAAUAAAAAUGAUGACAAUGUUUUCAUUGGUGCUCCAACUGGUUCAGGUAAAACUGUUUGUGCCGAGUUUGCGAUGCUCAGAUUAUUUUCUAACAACUCAGACGGACGAGUUGUCUAUGUCACACCGAAACAUGAACUCGCCGAGAUAGUCUUUGCUAAUUGGAAACAGAGAUUUGGUAAAUUGCUUAAUAAAAAUGUGGUUAUGCUCACCGGUGAAACGGCCGCUGAUCUCAAGUUAUUGGCCAAAGGAAACAUCAUAAUCAGUACACCCGAAAAUUGGGAUAUUCUUUCUCGUCGAUGGAAACAACGUAAAAAUGUACAAAAUAUCAAUCUUUUCAUCGUUGAUGAACUUCAUUUAGUAGGAGGAGAUGACGGACCAAUUUUGGAAGUUGUUUGUUCUCGAACUCGAUAUAUUUCAUCGCAGAUAGAAAAACCGAUUCGUAUUGUAGCACUUUCAUCAUCUCUAACCAACGCUCGUGAUGUUGCUGAAUGGCUCGGAUGUAAAUCUGCUACUUUUAAUUUUCAUCCAAACAUCCGACCAACUCCACUCGAACUGCAUAUUCGUGGUUUCAAUCAAACACAUAAUGCCACUCGUCUCAUGUCCAUGUCCAAGCCCGUUUACCAAUCAAUCAUCAAUUCCUCUCCAAACGAGCCUGUGAUUGUUUUUGUUUCUUCAAGGAAACAAACAAGAGUCACUGCGAUUGAUAUUCUAAUGUACACUGCUGGUGAUGAUAAUCGCAAUCGAUUCUUACAUUGCUCUGGAGAGGAUAUGAAACAUUACGUCGAAAAACUUAGCGAUCUUACUUUGAAAGAAAUUAUUGUCCAUGGUGUUGCUUUCCUUCACGAAGGAACCAAUCAAAUUGAUCGUCGUAUUGUUGAAGAGCUAUUUAAUGUUGGUGCCAUUCAGAUUGUCGUGGUUUCAGCAUCACUUGCAUUCAGUUUAACAAUCAAAUCUCAUUUAGUGAUCAUCAUGGAUACACAAAUUUACAAUGGAAAAGUUCAUGCCUAUGAGGAUUAUCCAAUUUCAACAGUUCUUCAAAUGAUCGGGCGGGCCAAUCGUCCACUUAAAAACGAACAAGGUGUUUGUGUUUUGUUUUGUCAGGCAGCGAAAAAAGAUUAUUUCAAAAAGUUCCUUUAUGAGCCUUUACCUGUUGAAAGUCACCUUGAUCAUUUUCUUCACGAUCAUUUAAAUGCUGAAAUUGUUACCAAAACAAUUGAGAACAAACAAGAUGCAGUCGAUUAUUUAACUUGGACCUUUUUGUAUCGACGAAUGACUCAAAAUCCUAAUUAUUAUGGAUUAACAGGUGUCACUCAUCGGCAUCUUUCUGAUAGUUUAUCUGAACUGGUAGAAAACACGCUUAAUGAUUUGGAGCAAUCGAAAUGUAUCAGCAUCGAAGAAGAUAUCGAUGUGUCACCUCUUAAUCUGGGAAUGAUUUCUGCCUAUUAUUACAUCAAUUACUCUACAAUUGAACUGUUCAGUUUAUCUCUUAGUAACAAGACCAAAAUCAAAGGACUUAUUGAGAUAAUUAGUUCAGCAACUGAAAUAAGUAUUCCUAUUCGACAUAAAGAAGACAUUAUCUUGCGACAACUUUCAUCUAAAGUUCCAAACAAAAUUCAAAACGCCAAAUACACGGAUCCUCAUUUCAAGACCAAUCUACUGUUCCAAGCUCACUUAUCUCGAAUGACCUUACCCGCUGAACUUCAAUCUGACACCGAGCAUAUUUUAACUAAAUCAAUUCGUCUCAUUCAAGCUUGUGUUGAUGUCCUCUCGUCAAAUGGUUGGCUAAGUCCCGCUUUAGCUGCCAUGGAAUUGGCUCAAAUGGUUACUCAGGCUGUUUGGAAUCGCGAUUCUUACCUCAAACAAUUACCUCAUUUUACCUCUGAAAUUAUCAAAAGAUGCACCGAGAAAGGAGUUGAAUCCAUUUUUGAUAUCAUGUUAAUUGAAAAUGACGAUGAUAGGAAUAAACUUCUUCUUCUCGACGAUGCUAAGAUGGCCGAUGUAGCUCGUUUCUGUAACCGUUAUCCGAACAUUGAAUUGAAUUUUGAAGUUUUAGAUAAAGAUUCAAUAUCUUCUGGAGAUUCUGUUAAUGUAGUAAUUCAAUUGGAGAGAGAAGAUGAACUAACUGGACCAAUAAUUUCACCUUUCUUCCCUCAGAAACGAGAGGAAGGUUGGUGGCUUGUUAUUGGUGAACCAAAAUCAAAUUCACUUAUUUCCAUCAAAAGGAUAACUUUGGCACAAAAACAAACAGUUAAAUUGGACUUUAUUGCUCCUUCGCCUGGUGAUUACUCUUAUACUUUAUAUUUCAUGUCGGAUGGAUAUUUGGGAUGUGAUCAGGAAUAUAAAAUCAACAUCAAAGUUGACCAAGGAGAUCGAGGAACCAAACGACGUUCCAGUGAUAGUGAUUGAUUAAUAAAGACAGAAAAAAAGUUAAUUUAGCUUGGACUCAACUUGAAUGUAUUAGUAUUUUUUGUCAUCAUUUCCAUCACCAUUGAAUAUUGUUAUUCCUCCAUUUAUAUCUCGCAAAUCCAUCAUUUUGUCAUCACAAGAGAAAAGUUUUACAACAUAAACUUGACCAUCAACAUUAU